UAAAAAAUAAAAAUUGAAAAAGAAAAUACAAAUGCAACAAAACUUAGAAGCUUGUAGUAACAGAAACAAGUUGGAGUAGAAGCACCUAACUCACCUCUGUCCGGAAAACGGAGGCAGAGUUUCUCGACGGCGCCGGAAACACCGAAAAACUCAUCCAGUUGAGGAUUCUGAUUCCAUGGCCUCUAAAAUGGAAAGCGAUAGUCCAACAGAUACCCCACCUUCACCGCCAAAAAAUAUAUACAAGGAUCCAGAUGAUGGGAGGCAGAGGUUUUUGCUUGAGCUGGAAUUUGUUCAAUGCCUUGCUAAUCCUACCUACAUCCACUAUUUGGCUCAGAACCGAAAUUUUGAGGAUGAAGCAUUCAUUGGGUACUUAAAGUAUCUUCAAUAUUGGAAUCGCCCUGAAUAUAUUAAAUUUAUCAUGUAUCCUCACUGCCUCUAUUUUCUCGAGCUUCUUCAAAAUGCAAAUUUUCGCAAUGCAAUGGCACAUCCUGUCAAUAAGGAAUUGACGCAUAGGCAGCAGUUCUAUUUCUGGAAGAACUAUAGGAACAAUCGGCUAAAACACAUUUUACCAAAACCACUUCCAGAACCUAGUGCUGCACUUCCUGCUUCAACUCAACCUCAGCCACCUGUGCCUGCACUACCACCAGCACCUGCUACGAACGUUGCUGUGACAGCAUCUUCUACUCAAGCUCCUUCUCCAAUGCCAUAUGGUGUCCCUUCUGGUUCUAGUCUUGCAAAAAAUGACAUGAGGAAUCCUACAGUUGAUAAAAGGAAAAGAAAGUGAGCGCUUUUAUUACUGUUAUUUUCACCUAAGCUUUUUAGUCAGUUUAGUUUUAUGUUUCGAUACUUAUGACAAAUUCAAAAUGUAUAAUGAAACUGUUUCAUACAUUUAAGGAUCAAAGUGAUUGUUUA